AUGGAUGUUAAUGGGACUCCUGGGACUAUAGGGUGGCAGCUACUUUGUGGUGGGCGUGGUGGUGGUGAGGGCUUGGGGCACCUUCUUUGUGGUGGGCGUGGUGGGCAUGGUGGGCAUGGUCGGGGUGGUGGGGGUGGUGGGCGUGGUGGGCAUGGUGGGCAUGGUCGGGGUGGUGGGGGUGGCUUGGAGCAGCUACAUGAUGGUGGCCGUGGUGGUGGUGGUGAGGGCUUGAUGCAGCUACUUGGUGGUGACUGUCAUGAUGAGUUGGCAGGUGGUGGUGAUGAGGGCUUGGAGCAGCCGCAUGAUGAUGGUGGUGGUGGUGGUGGUGAGGGCUUGGAGCAGCUACAUGGUGGUGGCCAUGGCGGUGGUGGUGAGGGCUUGAUGCACCGUGACUGUCAUGAUGAGUUGGCGCAUGGUGGUGAUGGUGGUGGUGGCGGCGGUGAUGAUGAUGCGGGCCUGGAGCAGCUGCUUUGUGGUGGCUGUCGUGGUGAGUUGGUGUAG